AUCUACCAGCUCGCCGUCAGCAUAUCUAGCUGCCUUGCCUCUGUCUUCCCUUUCUCUGAGGGCUGACAUGGCGUCAGCCAGCAUUGAAGAAGUCUUGGAAGAUCUUGACAUGAGUACCUCUGACGAUGGAGGUGAUUGGCAACAACAACAACGACCAAGUAAGAAACGACGACAUAUGGAGGAGAAAUUGCGUAAAGAUAAGCAGCAGUCUAUUGAGGACAAUGGGACACCUGCGAUGGAGGAAGAAGUUAAUCAACGGAAGCGGUUGUAUUUCCCCGCUGAGGACGUGAUGACCUUAUCACAGAAGCGAGUGUGGGCGGCGCAGUUGGCAGUGAAGCAUCGUGAGUUUCGACCGUUGCUGAAGGAAGGGAUGAACCGGCCGUUCGUAACUGUGGAGGGGCAAGAAGCGCUGAACUACCUAACAACAGUUGGAUUUCAAGGUACCGUGCUUGUGGAUCAUGGCAGGAUUGAAAAGUUCACCAAAGUCUUCAUAGCGCCUUAUGACAAGGAAUUAGAUCCAGAGCUGUUGCUGACUAGCGAUGUUAAUGUUGUCUGGGCCAAGCGCCACGUGGUGAACAAGCAAGUGAAAGCGAGUGUAGUGGCACUCGUGAAGGAUGUGGUUCCAGAUCGGAUUUGGGUGCCAGGAAAUGGAUGGAGGAGAGUGAGGAAGUAUGUGGAUUUGCCGCCCAUGUGUUAUAACUGUUGCCGGUACGGACACAAGGCGUGGCGUUGUCAAUAUGACACUGUGUGCCGGUUUUGCAGUGGGAAGCAUAGUAGUAAGGUUUGUGGUGAAAAGAUCAUAAACGGCGAGAAGAUUGUACCUAAGUGUUGUAACUGUGGUGAAAACCAUAACGCAGGCUCGGCCAAGUGUGAGAAAAGACCCUCAUUAUUGGAUCAAGUGGAGUCAAAAACGCAUCGAGCUCCGAAGCAGUUUGUUCCGGCCGUGACACCGACGAGUAAUGCGUGGUUCCCUCUGCAGGAAGAGCUAGUUGAGCCAACGACAGUGGCCAUGGCGGCGGGGGAGGCAUUUUCCCCUGACGAGUUCCAGCUUGGUAGUCGAGCCAAGUUUGGUAAUAGGAAAGUGGUAUCGAAAUCUUGGACUUCCCGCAGGCCCAGCGGAUGUGCAGCGGUUUCACAACCCUCCACAUCAGAUGCGGGUUGCCAGCUAUCAGAGUUAUCGGCUCCACGUCGGAGGUAUGUAAGCGAGAGCGUGGUUGAACAUGAAGCUGGUGAUCAGUUGUUGAGACAGGUGAUCAGGCUGGAGGAGGACAACCGGAAGCUACAGGACCGAAUACGGCAUUUGGAGCAGCGGAGACGAGGACUGGAGGAGACUAAAUCAGAUAAUGGGAGUGAGAGACUGUUGGAAACCUUGGAUCGCGACGGCUCUUUGGUGCCUCUUCGUAGUUACCAGCAUUUUAUCCUUCCGGCAGGUGAGGGUGUGCGUGGAAUGGCCGUUUAUGUUAAAAAUAGUAUACCGGCUGAAUUAGUUUCAACUCCUGGGAAAUGUGGGGGAAUUGAGUACAUAGCAGUAAGACUUAGACUUGCCGAAGGCUAUUUUGUUUUAGUUAAUGUGUAUGUGAGUCAGAACUCACUAAAGUUCGAACACUUACCAGACUCGGUGUUUCGGGAACCUACCUUGCUGGUCGGGGAUUUAAAUGCCAGACAUGCUGUGUUAGGCUCGUCUGGCAGUAGUAAUUGGAAUGGUACUGUAUGGCACCAGUUUCUCAGUGAUUGCGAUGAAGCACGCUUACUUGGGGAUAACUCACCCACUCACUUGCAGGGAGGGAGGAUAGAUUAUGCAUGCUUGUUUAAUAUUCAAGGCAUGGAGGGUAAAUGUACAGUGAUUUCAGAGCUGUUAAGUGAUCAUUUUGCGCUUUAUGUUGAGUUACCCCUGCGAAAAGCAUGUGGCGGCCAUAGUAGAGUUAGGUAUUUCAUUAAUGAUAACAACAGGGAGAUAUUUCUUCGUAGCAUGAAUGAGUGGUACAGUGCUUAUCAUCCGCAUGAUGUUGACACUUUCUAUGAAGAUCUCGUUGCACAGAUAGCUGCAUUGGUCGACAAAAAAAAAUCAAACUGUAAACACACCUCCAUGAGAAAAAAAUAUACCAAGGAUGAGCAAGUUCGAGCAUGGAAUAACACUCUAAGUAGGGCUCAUCAGGAGUGGAUUCGAUCUGGAAAAAGUGAGGAAGCUAAGGUUGCGUUACAGGAAGUAGCUAAAGCAUGUAGUGUAGUUAGAAAGGAAGCUAGGGAAAAAUAUUGGAAGUCUUUUUUGGGGACAAUAGCUGCAACAAGGAGCAUUAAAGAAAUAUGGAGUCACGUUAAUAGGGUGCGAGGAGUGCAAACAGGUGUUAAGGUGGUGAGCGAUCCCCAGGCUGUGGCUGAUGAGUUGAUUGAUAAGUGGGCACAUGCAGCCAGCAGGUCUACUUUACCGCAGGAAGUUAGAAGAGAAUUUGCUAAGCACGAGUCUGAGAGAAAUGCUUUCAUAGGUUCUUGUAUAGACAGAAAUGACCCCUCGUGUGCUACCAUCACCAGGGAGGAAUUGCUGGCUGCUGUAAAGAAAGGGAAAUCCACUGCUCCUGGUGCUGAUGGUAUUACGUAUGACAUUUUGAAUUGCUUGGCGAGUAUGGAGAAUGGGCCAUUGCUUGAUUUAUUUAAUAUGAGUUUCAGGUUAGGUAGAUUGCCAAGACAGUGGAAGGAAGCGAUUAUAGUUCCAGUACCAAAGGGCAGCGGUGGACACAGGCCAGUGUCCCUAACAUCAUGCUUGUGUAAGAUGAUGGAGAGAAUAAUAUUAAAUAGACUAUUGUACUUGCUUGGUGACAACAUUUCUAAUAAUGUUUAUGGCUUUGUUAAAGGUAAAAGUACAUCUGACUGUAUAGUUGCUUGUCUUUCCAACCCACAUGAUUAUUGUAGAGUUUUUGUGGAUCUACAGGGUGCCUUUGAUAAGGCAGAUGGUCACAUGAUAUUGUAUGAGUUGGCAAAUGUGGGUGUGUCUGGUAGAAUGCUUGGUUGGAUCUCUCAUUAUCUUAGUGAGAGGAGUGCUAGGGUUCUGUAUGAUGGGAAACUUUCUGUUGUCCGUCAUUUUGAGUUAGGAACUCCCCAGGGAGGGGUUCUUAGCCCCACUCUAUUCAAUAUUUUAAUGAAUAAAAUUGCAAAAGAAGAAUAUUCUCCUGGUGUGAAGGUUAUAAUAUAUGCUGAUGAUAUAUUAGUCCAAUCGCCUUCUGUGGCUAAGAUGCAGAUUGCUUUAAAUCAAUUCAUUUCUUGUUGUGUUGCCUUGGGGCUAGUUGUUAAUGAAAUAAAGACAAAAUUUCAGUGUAGGAGCCAGGGUAACGUUACACUAACGUUAAAUGGGAAGAAACUUGAGAGAGUGCAAGCAUAUAAAUAUCUGGGGAUGUACAUAGGUUAUAAUAAAUCUGCAAGGAUUGCUGAAUUGCGGCACAUAGAAGCCUUAUGUGAGGGCAGGCUACAGCCACUACGAGCUCUGGCCUGCUCCGGUCUUGGCGUUGGGAUUCCGGUCCUUCGUAUGAUGUAUAUAACUACUGUUAGAUCAAUUAUAGACUAUGCUGCACCAUGUUUGUCUAUGUUGGGGAUGGAAAGGAUACGCAAACUUGAACUAUUGCAAAAUGAGGCCAUGAGAAUUAUUUUUUGCUGUCAACGUAAUGCAAUGAUUGAUGCGAUGCGACUGGAAUUGACUUUACCGAGUGUAUGUGACAGAAUACAAGAACUGUGUGUUAAGACUGUUAUUAAAAAUGUUAGACUUGGUGGACACUUGGAUAUUGUGAGAGAGCUGCAAUGUACUAGAAGUAAAUCUACCUUUGUACGCCAUGUUAAAGGGCUUAUGAUAAAGUACAAGGUUGCGCACCUGUGUUGUCCUUUACAGGUGAGUGGCAACGGUGUUGUCCCUCCUUGGGAGGACGUGGCAGUGGAGGUGAUAGUUCAACCUUUAACUAGGAGGAAGUUUGAGUAUGUUCCUGGAUAUUUGAGGGCUACGUACAGCCAUAUGGUCGAUUGUAUUCAAAAGGAGAACAACAUACACGUUUUUUGUGAUGGGUCAGUGGGUGAGGAUGGUCGAGCUGGCUGUGGUGUGUUAAUGAUUGAUUACAACGAGUGUGAGGAGUCGCGUGAAAGUUCAGUGGCUAUUCGAUUGUCUGAUGGUAUAUCAUCGACUCAGGCUGAAUUGUAUGCUAUUUAUGUUGCUCUUCGUGAAGUGUUAACUAAAGAUAAGGAUGUGCGUAUUUUUGUGGACAGUAGGGCGGCACUAGAUUCACUUAAUAGUCGGAAACCUGUAUAUGUAGAAAUCGUGUCACUAUGUAAAGCUCUUUUGGGGAGAAUUAAUGUUACGUUUUAUUGGGUACCCUCUCAUGUUGGAAUUCUCCAAAAUGAGAAGGCAGAUAUGCUGGCCAAGCGUGGGGCUCAGAAAGAUGUAAUUGAUGUGAUAUGUAACUUGUCUCUUCGUCAAAUAAGGAGUGUAGUUAGGAAGGAACAGUAUUGUAUAGAAAGAACUAGGAUGGCUAGGGAACAUGUCAACAGUAGUACAUUUGAGCACUAUGAUGCGGUUAGUAACCAAGUUAGUGUUACCUAUGGAAGAGAUGGUGUAAGAAGUGAUACGGUGAAGAUGAGGAUGAGGUUAGGGUACAAGUAUUACUGGCAGUACAAAGAAGUAUUUACCAUUGACGAAGCACGGUGUAGGGUGUGUGGGGAGGAAAAUGGUCACACUUUAGAGCACUAUGUAUUGAGGUGUUCAUGUGUGGGUGAAUUUCGGAACGAUGACAUUGUUGAUGUGACUCUCCAGAUUAUCUGGAUGUUACAGAAUGGAAUGGUGGAAGAAAUAUUAAAGAAGUACAAGGCUUUUGCCCCACGGUUAUGA